AGUCCAAGUUGAACUUACGGUGGCGACGGCCGCUUUGACAUCACGUGCGGUCGUGCGCCGCCACCGUCGCCACGAGCGGCACUGGCAGCCUACUUGCCGUUCCAAUCACCGUUUUCGCACUCCUCGAAAAAUGCCGCGGUCCUCCGUCCGCUCGCCCAAGGGCCUCCCUCACGCGCCUCUACACCACCGGGUGACCGUAGAUAUUGAAUCGAUAUUGAACGACGACGAGGGAUAAUGGAUAACCAGGCUGAUAUUCCGUCGAUGUUGGCCAAAGGGCGCACGUGCGUAAACGAAAGAUACCGUACUAGCGCUCGCAGCAACAUCGAUCCGAUAUCAUACCAUUGUCGCUCCCUCGUUCUGCCCUCCGACUUUGAUACCUCCUCGCAACUUCCUACUAAUGGCCUUGCUCACUCUGUCGACUCCACAAUGGCUCUCGACCAUGAUAUGUGCACAGUGAACAUGGUCACGAGACGAAGUACAGCGCCGCCCACCAUGGACUACGAUGAGUACUCGCCGACCCAGAUUCUGGACGACGUGACCGUCCCGUGUCGUACUGCUCCCCGUCGACGCGCUGCGGAGUCCGCUCGAGUACGAGGUGCCCAACAGCUCUCCGACGGAGGUGCUCUUGACUCGCAAGUAACCGAUUCCCAAUAUGUACACAACCUCCUAGCAUCGACGGCCGAUUCCGAAGACUACAAGCUGGAUGGAGGGUCUGAAGAUACCAGUGAUAUAGAGAACGUCUCGGCCGUGGAUCACGGCAUGUCAUUGCAUGGCACUUCGACAACGGCUGAGUGUCACCCCUGUGCUGACUCGCUUGUGCACAUGCGACGAGAACUCGGUGACCUGCGGCGUGAGCUUUCUCAGCUCCGCUCCACGGUCGUGUUACAAGCAACUCAGAUCAAAAUCAUGGAGCAAGAUAUAGCAUUCCUGUCGCUUGAUCCAAAUGAACAGACACAGGUCAUCCGGGUGCCUGUUCGGCGGGGUGUAACCUACUCCGACAGAGAGAAUUCAGACAGCGGCCAUGAGGAGUCAGGUAGUUCUCAAGAGCAGAGUGAAGUGGCGGGUCGAAAGCGGCGGCGGCAGGAUGGAUAGCAAUUGUAGACCGUACUUGCAUGCCAACUGUCUGAGUACUCGGAUUCUCCUAUAAUGAUUGCUGUAUGUCUGUGGUA